UGCCCCGCUGUACUGCGAACUCCGAGGAGAUCUAAUUACUCCUCUAGGAAAUCGCACAAUUUUUCUAAACCAUCGCUGAGCCCAGCAUUUCGUGAAUCCGCGUGAAUCGCACCCCCGUGAAUGGAUUUAACAAUCUACAACGAUGUCCCCAGUGAUAUGCCUGGCACAUACUGUCGCUUUUGUUUCCGCGAAACAAGUCUUGUACCGCUAUUUCAUCCGACUACCAGUGAGCCGCUCAACUUGGAGCUGAUAUCAAUCAUUACAGAUUGCACCGGCAUUCUAUUGAAGCCGGAAAUUGAUUUUCCAUCGGCCGCUUGUCAAAGCUGCUUGCAGCUGAUGCAAGAGUUCCAGCACUUCCGCAGGCGUGCUAGGGAAUACGAUAAGAUUAUACGUUCGAGAAUUUUGCCCAGAAUCGAACCAGAGGUGAUAAUCGUCAAGCAAGAGGAGCUGGACGAUAACGCUGCAUUUGACUGCGAGCCAGAGCGUGACAGUACCAGUAGCAGUACCCUGACGGCGGACGAAUCUCGUGACGACCAGGUCGACAUCCUAGGUCGGCUGCGGCAGCUUCACCAACAGCAUCAACAUCAGCUACAACAACUGCAGGAACAGCAGGAUGGCCAGCCAAUGCCACCGAAUCUGUUGGCAAACGAUGAUCAGGAACCCAAAUUCAGUAUGAGUGCCAUUUUCAGUGCCACGGCAGCGGUGGCGGCGGUCGCAGCAGCAGCUUCCACGAAAACCCACAAUCGCGGAAUAUCGCGACGGUCUCAGGCGUUGGGGCCAUCCGGGAGCCAGGGGCCAGAGGAGAACCGGUGCAUGGUUUGCGGUGAAAAGUUCCAAUCGCGCGACGUGUGGAUGGCGCACCUGACCGUGCACGCCAUUGAACGGCCGUUUCAGUGCCAUAUCUGCUUGGCACAGUUUAAAACCAAAUAUGUACAGCAAAACCACAUACGGACUGUGCACGAAAACGUCCGGAGCUAUCGCUGUCCCAUUUGCACCGAGCCUAGUCGAAUGUUUAAGAGCAAGCGCACGCUCGAGGAUCACAUGCGCUACCACACGGGCGAACGUCCGUUUGUAUGCAGUAUUUGCAAGAUGAGCUUCUCCUCCGGAAGCGUUCACCGUAACCACAUGUAUCGCGUGCAUCGAGAGAUGCGUAAAAAGGAUCGACGGUGCAGCUUCUGCAGCAAGGUAUUUGAUCGUAUUCUCGAUCUCAAGCGCCACCAGACGAGUUACUGCGAAAAAAUCAUUGGACACGAAAUGGUUCAACGGUUAUAA